CGGUACAUACGUAUGUACACAUUGCGCCGUGAAACACGUAUGCAGAGCGCGCUACACUACAGGGUGAGCCAUAAGUCGGGCACCGGAUCCGUCCGUGGCUACGUCGACCUCCGACGCUCUCGUCUCGCCUCGAUUCCGUGCGCGAUCCAGAGGCUGUUGUGAGACGUAACGGCCAGCCGGCGUUCUCGGAAGCCCCGAAGCUCAGACUCCCAGGACGCGCGCUCGCGCCGCCCCAGGUGAUCCGCCGGAGCGCUCCUCUCGGCGGCGGUCGGUCGCCCGUGUGUGUGUGUGUGUGUGCGUGGUCUCGUGACUCACCCCGUACAUAUAUAUACAUACAUACAUGCGUAUAUACGCGUGAUACGUCGCGCGACUGCCUGCCACCGAGGAGCAGCAGCGGAGAGUGUCGCGCGUUUUUACCGAGGGCCGAGGGGUAUAAGAAGCCGCGAGGUAAAAAAGUUCGUCGUCGCGCGCCACGACGAGCCACGCACGGGCCGCCAGGGAGAGACGUGUGUUUGUGUGGUGUGGUGUGUGUGUGUGUGUGUGUACACCCGUGUAUCACCGUAUACGCCGCGCGCACGUAGAGCAUCAUCUGAUGUGACACGCACAUACCAGCGAGCGUACAUACACCAACCCGCAGCCGUCUCGCUCGCUCUCUCUCUCUCUCUCGCCACUGCUCGCCCACCUCGUCUUGCUGUCCAGGAGCGAUCAGCCGAGCAUCCCAACGGCACGUUUGUAUGCGCACGUUCGAGCCGCGUGCGAGACUCUUCAGACACUCCGCUCGGACCCCUCUUUGCAUGGUGCGUACAUUCUAAGAAAACAUGCCUCUGUUUGGAAAGUCCCAGAAGAGUCCGGCGGAGGUGGUGAAGGCACUCAAGGAGGCGGUAAACGCGUUGGAGCGCGGCGACAAGAAGGUAGAGAAGGCGCAAGAAGAUGUGAGCAAGAAUCUUGUGCACAUCAAAAACAUGCUAUACGGCACGGCCGAGACGGAGCCGCAGGCAGACAUCGUGGUCGCGCAGCUGGCGCAGGAAUUGUACAACAGCAAUCUGCUGCUUCUGCUUGUGCAAAACUUGAGUCGCAUCGACUUCGAGGGAAAGAAGGAUGUCGCACAGGUCUUCAAUAACAUUUUGCGGAGGCAAAUCGGUACUAGAUCGCCUACCGUAGAAUACAUAUGUACCAAACCCGAAAUUCUUUUUACACUUAUGUCUGGUUACGAGCACCAAGACAUCGCGCUCAACUGUGGCACAAUGUUGCGAGAGUGCGCGAGAUACGAAGCCCUGGCCAAGAUUAUGAUCUAUUCGGAUGACUUUUACAACUUCUUCAGAUAUGUCGAAGUCUCUACGUUCGAUAUCGCGUCUGACGCUUUCUCUACGUUUAAAGAAUUACUUACGAGGCACAAAAUACUCAGCGCCGAAUUCUUAGAGAUACAUUACGAUAAAGUUUUUUCGCACUAUCAGAGGUUACUCAAUUCAGAAAACUAUGUAACACGACGACAGAGUUUAAAACUGUUGGGCGAGCUACUGCUCGAUAGACACAAUUUUACAGUUAUGACACGAUAUAUAUCAAAUCCAGAUAAUUUGAAAUUAAUGAUGAACAUGCUAAAGGAGAAGUCUCGCAAUAUACAAUUUGAGGCUUUCCACGUCUUCAAGGUAUUUGUGGCGAAUCCCAACAAACCGAAACCCAUUCUGGACAUAUUGCUCCGCAAUCAGGAGAAGCUGAUCGAGUUCCUGACGCGCUUCCACACGGAUCGUUCCGAAGACGAGCAGUUCAAUGACGAGAAGGCGUAUCUGAUUAAGCAGAUCAAAGAACUUAAGUCUGUACAUGAUAAUUAAGUCAAGGAAAAUACAAUUAUUGCUACCGCUACGACUAACUACCACUACAAUCAUUAUUACUAGAGUCUACUGCUGCUGUUGCUAAUUACGGUUUUAUCACUAUUAUAUAGUUAUAAUUUAUCAUCAUCACUGUCAUACAUUAUCAUCCAUUAUUACGAUCAUCGUCAUUACCAUUGUCAUCACCCCGGCAUUAUUAUUAUUAUUAUUAAUUUUAUUUGUGAGUAAAUAAUUCACUGUAAAUAAAAAUUACAUUUAUAUCUUAUUGUACUAUACGCAGAUCGAGUUGUCAUCGUUGCCAGCGUUCUGCCACGUUUUUAGGAAUGAGUCGGUUAUUAAAGCAGAAUGAAAACUUAA